GUAGGUGUGCUCCUAAAGCGCUGCAAAGUGAGCCGUGGACGACCGUCAAACGGCGGCGUUUGUUCUCGGAAUCAGCGGCAAAACGCUGCUGGGUUUCACCCAUGUCUCGUCGACCGCAGGGACAAAGAUGCCAAGGGGAAAGCAAAGGUUGGCGGGGCCGGCGAAAAGCCGAUCCUCGCGGCCAAAAUCCAGGAAGUCAAGGGCACGUAUGGGAAGAUGUCGGCCAAGGCGCGCGGCGCGCGUAUUCACCCGGGGCCCCUGCAGCUGCGCAAAGCCCUCGCGCCCCGGGACACCACGGAGUGGGUCCGUGCAAUCAAGCAGCCCUACUCCUACUUCGAGUCCGCGGCCAACGAGCCCAGCCCAUUGCCGGAGAAGUCCAAAGGGCCGCCAGCGCUGUGGCUGCCUGUCAGCAAGGGCAAAGCCCUUCAGGACCAGAAGCUCAAGGACAAUGCCCGGCGAGGGCGACAAAGGCAAAGAGAAAGACAAGAAGCUCACCUUAGCGGAUUACGAUGAGCGCACUUUGGGGCGACCGCCCUGGGACGAGGAACACCACAUCAUGGUCUCCCGCAUGAACGGUGAGAUGCAGAGCGGAGCCCGAGAGUAUUUCGACAAGCCCAAGCGCAAGGAAGGCGAGGGCAUCCCGAAGACGCGGGAGCAGUAUGUCAUGAAUGAUCGCCAAGCCGGGUGGAACGACGAGCCCGGCCGGCCGGGCGAGAUGCGGAAGACGCUGUUCAACAACGUGGGGUCCUUCAACAUCGGCGGCUGCAAAGAUCACCAGCUUCCAUCCUACUGGCGCAAGAUCAAGGACUGGGGUAGCCUCAGCUCGCCUGCGAUGCCCACCAUCGACCUGCGUUGCAAGACCCAACCCCACGGGCAGCCGCCGCUGGGGCAUGACAAGCGCACGUUCUUCCAAGCACUCGCCAACACGCCUGGCCGGGAGGCGACAGCGUUUUGGCGUAGCUGGGCUGACCUGAGUUCCAAGAAGCCUGAGGCGUCGCCGAAGAGGUCGAGGUGGAACAACUCCUGGCAAGAGAGCUGGGCACAGGCCAACGAGGAUAUGAACUGGCGCUGCCGUGAGUACUUCUCCGUGCCACUGGGAGGCACCGGGCGCUCAAUGCCAAGCAGCAGCCCAUCCAUGCAGAAGCACCCCUUGGCCCUGACCUUCCAAGAUGCCCUGCGAGCGGUUCACCAAGAUGCAAAGGCAUAAGCCGCGGAAUUCCUGAGCCAAGGCAUCAAGAAAUGUAUGGAGCCCUGUGUUGGUAUGACCAGACACGGUUUUUUCCGCUAGGC